AUGACACAAGAUCAGAGAGCAGAAUCUACGAAACCUCUGUCGAAGAGCUACACACCAGAAAGCGCGUCUACCCUACCGUCAGCUCCCACUGCGCCUGAUACCAUCCUGCCUUAUUCCCCCAAUUCAUCUCGCAUCGAGCUUGCACUCCAAGCCUCGACUGUUGCAGAUGUUGCAAACGUAGGAGGAACAUAUGCAGCGGUGCUUGGGUCUGGGUCGCAGACAACAAUGGCCGUUCGCAUUGUCAGUGAUGAACGGCGAUUUGGUAUCUAUCUUCCGAGUGCUACUGCGAGCGAGAAUAAUCUUGUACCACAUCGAUUGGGGGCAUCUACACCUCACGUCUUACAGGAGCGCGCUGCAAGCCUCCCACCUUAUUCUUUAGCGGCAGCAGCAGCUCUAGAGCAGCGUACACGUCGACCCCGAAGAUUCCCAUAUCAAUCCGAACAUCAAAUCCACGAUGAUCCACCACCGGAGUAUGUCGCACUCGAUCCUUAUCCCUUCUUCGACACCGAACUAAAACCCCGCCGUCGAUCAAUCAUAGAGAUCAUCGAAACCUUAUGCAAGGACGGGCCCAAGGCUACAACAGGUAAGGUCGCCAAGAAUGUGGUCAAAAUUGUCGAAGAUGUGGGCAAGAUAGCCAAGGAUGUACCUACCGCCUUCAAAGAAGCCCAAGUAAAACUAAGUACGAGGAGGGCUAAGGAUAAAAUUCGAUGGUUGGAGAAGCGUAACUACUUGAGCGGACAGGAGAGGCUUUUGACGCAGGAGCUCGUCGGAUGA